AUGGGGCUGGGGCAGUGCCUGCCAGCUGCCUUCCUCCUCCUGGAUUGCGCAGCAAUUCUUUUUAGUUGUGAUCUCUUGCACGUCCAGACCCACUACUGUUUUGAGUGUGCAGCCCUUGGGCAGCACAUACCCUUGCGGUGUGAUGACUGUUUGCCAGCUGGCUUGAGCGCUGGCCAGCAGCUGGUGACUGUUAAGAAGGGGCCCUUCUACCUCAAGGGUUCCCACAUCACGCUGUGGUGCAAGGUGAGCGGCUACCAGGGCCCGUCGGAGCAGAACUUCCAGUGGUCCAUCUACCUGCCCUCGGCCCCUGAGCGGGAGGUGCAGAUCGUCAGCACCGUCGACCCAUCCUUCCCCUACGCCAUCUACACCCAACGCGUGCGCAGCCGUGGGAUCUACGUGGAGCGGGUGCAGGGGGACGCCGUCCUGCUGCACAUCACCGACCUGCAGGACCGGGAUGCUGGCGAGUACGAGUGCCACACGCCCAACACUGACGAGAGGUACUUUGGGAGUUACAGCGCCAAGAUGAACCUCCCAGUGAUUGCAGACACCCUCUGUGCUUCCCUGGCACCGCAGGUCCUCACCUGCACCGAAGGGGAUGAGGUGGAGCUCACCUGAGAGGUGUCCAAGCUCACUGCCCAACAACAUCUCUCUAUUGGUUGGUACCAUCUUCAUGGAGCAGGAGAGCACUGCUCUGAGGAGGUCCUCACCCUCUCCAAGGACUUUAUCUUGAAGCCAGGGCCCUCUUACAUGCAGAGGGCUCUGGUGGGAAACGUGCAGCUGAAUAAGAUUGGGAGCACCACAUACAAGCUCUCCAUUGAAGGAGCGGAGCUGUCUGACCAAGGGCAACUGUAUUGCGAGAAAGCUGAGUGGAUUGAGGAUCCUGAUGGGAUGUGGAAGGAUAUUGGGAGGACAUUGCUGGUGAUCAUGAGCCAGGCUAGAAACAUCUCCAUGGACGUUGCUGUUGCUGAAAACUCCCUUUCUGAAGGUGAUGCCUUGCAGAUAAAUUGCUUGGUGGGAUCUGAGAAGAGCAACAGCAGGCACUUUCAAGUGCUUUGACUCCUCAACAGCAUGGAAGUGGCCAAGGCUGACCACCAUGGGGUAUUGUCUUUGGAGGCAGAAUAUGAGGAGAGAGAGAAGCUGGGGCAGCUCCAAGCAUUCAAGCAAAGCAAUAUGGUUUAUGUCCUCACUGUCUAUGAGGUGGGGCUGAAGGACAAUGGGACAUACUGCUGCUCUGUUUCGGAGGUGAAGACUCCUGGAGACUUUCACAGCAUCCACACUGUUCUGUCAUCAGGCACCCAAGUGAAUGUGAAGCAGAGAGAGAGCCAAUUGUGCCUGUCCAUGUCCACUAGCACGCUGCAGGUCAUGGCAGGAGGUGCCCUGAUCCUGCUUUGUGAGGUGCAAGGAACCAUCAGCCCUAUGUUAGUGUAGUGGGGUCUGCCACUGCAGCACCCAGGUCCUUGGUUGCUGGUGACCACCAUGGAGCAAGAUGGCACCCUGAGCCUGGGCAGCACCUACCAGGACAGCAGGAUUCGGGGGAGCCUCCGGCUGGAGAAAGCAAACUCUGGUGCCUUCACCCUGGUGAUCCCCAGCAUGUUAGAUGAGGAUGACGGCGGGCAGUAUGGCUGCAAGGCUGGAGAAGCGGGAAGGGGGGUGACAUGGGGCAGGAUUUCUGUCGUGGUGCCAAAGGCUCUCUCUUCCCGAGUAGGUCUUGGUCUGUACGCCAUGCUGAGAAGCCGAACCGUCACUGUCAGAUAUGGGCAGAGUUUUGAACUCAUCUGCCAAGUGAGCACUAACUAUACCCUUAGGGAGGUGCCAGUGUCUGUGAGGUGGUUCUUCCAGCCCAGCCGGUCCGGGGGCCACUAUCAGUAGCUGGACCACAGCACCAUGGCCUGUGGGACUGUGCAGCCACACUUCCAGGGGAAAGCUCUGUUGAUGAAGGCUGACAUCUCCUUCAGGCUGCCCAUCCACAGUGCCAACAGGUCAUACCUGUGUGAGGUGGAGGUCUGGAGGAAGAACACCCUGCUGUUGGGGCCACCAGCAGCCCCCACCAAGUCCAAUCCUGUGGGAAUAAAGGUGAUGCUGCCAGAAAGCAAGCUUUGGGUGGCUACAGAAGAUCACUCUGUGGAAAUUGCUGGCGGUGCUGACACAAGGAUUUCCAUCAGCCUGCAGGCACAGACAGACGCAUUUAUAUGGCAACUCAACAUAUCUUUCUGCUCACAUCCUACUUCAGGGCAGGAGCUGCAGCUGGAGAAAACCAGCCGCAUCAUCUUGGCGAGGGAGGGAGAGGAGGUGACGCUGCACUGCCUGUUGCAGGGUGCCCGCCUGCCCACCACCUGCUUCUUGGCCACAUGGUUUAGGGGCAAUAAGAGCAGCUGCAUCAGGACCCUGCUCACCCUCCACCAUAAUGGCUCUGUCCAGUACCCCCGGGAGAGCCUGGCAGGGAGGCUGUGCCUCCGCCACCCUGCUGCCAAUGACUUCAACUUGACACUGCACAGCAUGGAGCGGGGUGACACUGGGCUGUACCACUGCUGGGUACAGGAGUGGCAGCAACAGGGUGAGGGGAGGGACUGGUUUCUGCAAAUCUUGGCACACUUGAAGUACAUCCAGUUCGUUACCAUCCCUCCAGAGUCAACCAUUUUGUCUAGAACCUGCUUAUCCCCAUCAGUGCUGAACUUCAUUCUGUACUUACCACUGGUGCUGAUCCUUCUCCUGGCCCUUGCUGUGUUGUGUUGGUACUUCAAGUUCAGAAGAAGCAAGAAGGGUAACAUUACAGGAGACCAGCUGAUGGAGCUGCAAGGGGCUGGAGGGGUUGAUAAAACAAGGGUCUGCAGUGGCAGAUAUAAUUGAAGGAGAUAUAAUUGAAGGAGUGGAGCUGGACAGCUGAGGGGGACUGAGUACUUGCAGAUGGGUUUGUUAUCAUUAUGUAGUAGCUUUUGCAAUGAAUCCUUGAGAUUGUGUGUUUUCUCUCAGUGGAAUGAAGCAGCUUUGGAUUACUGAGCAUAUAGGGUUUUCAUAACAAGUGUUCCUCUCUCCUAGGUUAAGUACCCACCCUUUUCAGACUCUGUUCAUUGUGGGGUAUUUGAGGUCCUUGCAGUAUGUGUCUCCCACUGUGGAUGAAAGUGGUGUUAUUCCUUGGCAAGUAUAAAGGGAAAAACAGCUCUUUUUGCACUGUGACACCAAAGUAUCUAAUUGCUACUCAUUUUAGGUGACUUGACAAAAAUCUCUGUGGCUAGAAACUAGUGGCAGAACUAGAAACAGAGUAUUGGUGUCCCAGUUUAAGGCAUUACGCUUGCUUUUGCCCACCUUUUGCUGAGGACACUUUUUUUUUGCUCAUUGUUUUGCUCAGACACUGCUGUCCCCUCUUUCUGAGAGUGCCUGUGCCCAAAGAGCAUCUUCUCUGAAAAGAAAUGGUCUUCAUCACAAAACCUGUCACAGGAACCUGAGGACUGAGCAAGGCUGGCUGGGCCUGAAGAAAGUCCAUAGCAGGACUACCACAAAAAAUGAAUCUUGUAGACCCAAUACAGGACUCGUGUGAAAUCUUGGAUCCCAGAAGGAAGAAGUGGACGCCAAGACAUCUUGGAGGUGAGUGUAAAAAGACGUCCCAGCUCCUUUGUUUGGUAGGUCUGCUGUAGGGGAAGUCCAGCCUUUCAUGCCUGGACUAUCUGUGAGUCAGGAAGCUGCGACCUGGUAUGAAGUGCCUCCUUGUUGUACCAUGUAAUAAAAAUGUCAUGUGUUUGUGGGGCAGCUCCUCUGUGCUCCAGCAUCCAGCUCAGGCUCACCUUUUCAAGGUUGAGGCAUUCUCCUACCUGAAGGCUGGCUGAUGCAUUAGAGGAAAGAAGAUUUCAAUCCAGUCCCUGUAAAUCAAGGGAUUGUCAGCCCCUACUUGUGCAAAGUGGGAAGUUCAGGUUAGAUACAAGGAAGAAGUUCUUUACUGUGAGGGUGGUGAGGCACUGGAACAGGUUGGCUGAAG